AUGGCAGCCCGCACUCCAAUCGCUGUUAUCAAGCGCGUGUGGGAGCGCAUUGCGCCGCUCCAGCUCGCCGAGCGCAGCUGGGACAAUGUGCAGGCGCCGUUCCCGGAGGAGCGCGAGAAGAAGCAGGUCCUCCUUACGAUUGACCUCACGCCAUCCGUGUGUGCCGAGGCGCUUGCGCUGCCCGCGUGCUCGGCCGUCAUCGCCUACCAUCCACCAAUCUUCCGCGGGCUCAAGACUUUUACGCUCGGCGACCCGCUGCAGGCGAGCCUGCUGAAGCUCUCUGCGCGUGGGAUUAGCGUGUUUGCGCCGCACACGAGUCUCGACGCGACGCCGAACGGCAUCAACACAUGGCUCGUCGAGCCGUUUGCGGGCAAUGCGAGCGCGAUCGAGGUUGUGACGGCGUCGGAGAAUGUGCCGGCCGGCUUUGAGGGCGCGGGGAUGGGCAAGAUCGUGUCCCUCAAGAGCGGGAUGGGCGUCGCCGACGCCGUCAAGGCCAUCAAGCAGCAUCUCGGGCUCGAGUAUGUCCAGGUAGCUACGCCGUCAACAGAGCGCAAGAUUGAGAGCGUCGCCGUGUGUGCUGGCUCGGGCGGCGGCGUGCUGCGCGGCGUCAAAGCCGACCUGCUGCUCACCGGUGAGAUGAGCCACCACGAGGUCCUGGCGUGCGUCGCAGGCGGGCAGACGGUCGUCCUCGCGAACCACAGCAACACGGAGCGGCCGUAUCUCAAGGCUGUGCUCCAGCCGUGGCUGCAGCGUGAGCUCGAUACCGAGGGCGCAGGAUGGGAGGUGCUCGUGAGCACGACGGACGCGGACCCGCUCCGGACGAUGUAG